CAAAAUGUGAAAAUAUCAAAAUGUUAAAAUAUUCAAUUCACCAUAAAAUUGCCUAUUAUAAAUACCACAAAGAUCAUUCAGUAUAGGCACACAUUUAGCUGCUAACAUAUCAACUCAAAUCAAAAACACUUGUUUCUCACACACACCAUGGCUGCUCAAAAUCAAUUAUAUCAAAUUAGUGCAUUGUCACUUAUGUUCUGCUUGGGAUUGUGUGCGCUCCAAGUCACUUCUCGCACUCUCCAAGACGACUCUAUCUAUGAAAGGCACCAACAAUGGAUGAGUCACUAUGGCAAAGUCUAUAAGGAUUCUCAAGAAAGGGAGAGUCGUUUAAAGAUAUUUGCAGAAAACGUGAACUACAUUGAAGCGUCUAACAAUGCUGAAAAUAAGAAAUCGUACAAACUAGGCAUUAAUCAAUUUGCAGACCUCACCAACGAGGAGUUCACCACAUCUAGAAACAAAUUCAAAGGUCAUAUGUGCUCCUCAAUCACAAGGACAACUACUUUUAGAUAUGAAAAUGUAACUGCAAUUUCAUCCACAGUUGAUUGGAGGAAGAAAGGAGCAGUAACACCUGUGAAGAAUCAAGGCCAAUGUGGAUGUUGUUGGGCCUUUUCUGCUGUUGCAGCAACAGAAGGAAUUCAUCAGUUGAGUACUGGAAAAUUGAUCUCUUUAUCAGAACAAGAACUUGUUGAUUGCGACACAAAAGGUGUAGACCAAGGUUGUGAGGGUGGUCUUAUGGAUGAUGCUUUCAAAUUCAUCAUUCAAAAUCACGGACUCAGCACGGAAGCUCAAUACCCCUAUCAAGGUGUUGAUGGAACUUGCAGUGCAAACCAAGCAUCCACCCAAGCGGCUACCAUUACUGGGUAUGAAGAUGUCCCGGCCAACAAUGAGCAGGCACUACAAAAAGCUGUUGCGAAUCAACCAAUUUCUGUAGCCAUUGAUGCUAGUGGAUCCGACUUUCAAUUUUACAAAAGUGGCGUCUUUACUGGUUCAUGUGGAACUGAGCUCGAUCAUGGUGUCACUGCUGUGGGUUUUGGCACCGAUAGUGAUGGAACCAAAUAUUGGUUGGUUAAGAACUCAUGGGGAACUGAUUGGGGUGAAGAAGGAUACAUUAGGAUGCAAUUGGGAGUUGAUGCUGCUGAAGGACUAUGUGGCAUUGCAAUGCAAGCAUCUUACCCUACUGCUUAAAUAUUAAGUAUUUAUGUUACCUAAACUUUGUAAAUCAAGCUAAAUUAUGAUUGAUUUUGCAUUUAUCAUCUAUUAGCUACAUCAAUCAUGAUUUUUGUGACUAUUUAUGUAUAUUAUAUACAUCUACUUGUGCAUUUAACAAUACAAGAAAAUAUGAAGACUAACUCUUAUAUUU